AUGUCAGUUGACGCAGAUGAGGAGACUCCUCUGGCUGGUACUAGUCUCCCAAACCCAAGCCAAACUCCCUCCGCUGCUCUCAACGCAAUAUCGAUUCCAGAUGAGCCUUAUGUCGUCGACCCGUCGAGCCUGACUACCUCCGAGAAGAGGUUUUACGACUUCUUAUGCUCCCAAGAAUGGACUGAUACACAGUGUUCUUUUUUUGUCACUCAUAUCAAGACAAUGAAAGAAGCCAUCUCACGCUAUUUCUACUCGCACGGUUGGAACACUGUUCAAGUGCAGAGUCUCCAUGAGCGUUGUGAUAUGGAAUUUCCAGAGCAUUUCCCAGCUCCAAGAGGCAAUGCCGAGCAACAAGAUCUGCAGAUGCAGCUGAGACUAGUGGAAGAAAUGAAUCGUCGAAGGGCGAUUGGCGAGCGCAUGUACCCUUCAAUAGGCACUAUGGACAGGGGGAUUGUUGAGGAGAGAAGGGCUUGA